AAGAUUAUAAUAUUUGUGUUGAAAACAUUGAGUGGCAAAGACUGAAUUUUAUCGCUAUAUUGCUGGCCUUUGGAUAGCCUUGCCAGAUCUUUCCAUGAUUUCAGAGAUGCUGGAUAGCACCGGGACAGAGGACUAUACCUCAUAGGAGUCUUCAGAUGAGACCUUUGAAGAUGCAGGAGCAUUUACUCAUAGUUACUUUCUGUCUUCCUGUGGCCCAAGAAGGAGAUAGUGGUGUUUCACAGUGGUUGAAAUUGCCCCCUAAAAUGUCUGUUUGGAUUGUCUGCUAGAAUAGCAAGUACUGCUUACCUAGCCCUGCAACACUGGCAGCUGACAGAGGUGUUUUAUAACUGUUUUUAAAAUUACCUUAUGUAGAUACCGGUUAGUCGUAGAAGUGACUAUCCUGGGCUUUCUGUUAUCUCCAGUAUUUUCUAACUUUGGUCAGAAUUUUAUGUUUAGAAAGAGUGAUAGUUUCAUGCUAUGGUAGGGUCUAACAGAUUAUGUUUCAUGUGUGCUCUGCUUGAUUGUCAGCUAAGAAAGUAGUGUUCUCUCAUGCACAAGCAGUGACCAUGGCUCCAAUCAUUUCUGUAAAUUUAUAAUCUGUAGCUAAUUUACUUCUGGGCACAGUAUAUUUUGUAUCUGUGAGCAGAAAAAUAAAAGGUUUUGGCUAUCGAUACCUUCUGGAGACCAGUAACAUGUGGCAUUCCUCAGGGGUCAGUAUUGGGACUGGCACUGUUUAACGUCUUUGUCAUCAACAUGGCGAGUGGGAUUGAGUGCACCCUCAGCAAGUUUGCUGAUAAUACCAGGCUGUGUGGUGCGGUUGACACGCUGGAGAGAAGGGAUGCUAUUCAGAGGGAGCUGGACAGGCUUGAGAGGUAGGCCUGUGCGAGCCUCAUGAAGUUCAGCAAAGCCAAGUGCAAGGUCCUGCACAUGGGUUGGGGCAAUCCCAAGCACAAAUACAGGAUGGGUGAAGAAUGGAUUGAGUACAGCCCUGAGGAGAAGGACUUGGAGGCGGUGGUUGAUGAGAAGCUCAGCGUGCCUCGCCAAUGUGUGUUUGCAGCCCAGAAAGCCAGCCGUAUCCUGGGCUGCAUCAAAAGGAGUGAGGCUAGCAGGUCGAGGGAGGUGAUUCACCUCCUCUAUUCUGCUCUCAUGAAACCCCACCUGGAGUACUGCAUUCAGCUCUGGGGCCCCAACAUAAGAAGGACAUAGACCUCCUCAAGCAGGUCCAGAGGAAGGCCACAAAGAUGAUCAGAGGGAUGGAGUACCUCUGCUAUGAAGACAGACUGAUAGAGUUGGGGUUGUUCAGCCAGGAGAAGACUCCAGGGAGACCUUACAGCAACCUUCCAGUACCUAGAGUGGACCUACAAGAAAGCUGGUUCAUAGCCAAGAACAUUAUGAAGCUGCAGCGUCUGGGGAUAACCCAUGUUCUGAAUGCAGCAGAAGGGAAAUCAUUCAUGCAUGUGAACACUAAUGCAGAGUUCUAUGAAGGAACAGGCAUCAGAUACCAUGGCAUUAAAGCUAAUGAUACACAAGAAUUUAACCUCAGUCGCUAUUUUGAGGAGGCAGCUGAUUUUAUUGAGAAAGCACUUUCCCAGAAGGAUGGACAAGUGUUUGUGCAUUGCCGUGAGGGCUACAGCCGUUCUCCUACACUGGUCAUCGCCUACCUCAUGCUUCGCCAGAACAUGGAUGUCAAGUCUGCAUUGAGCACUGUCCGGCAGAAGCGAGAAAUUGGCCCCAAUGAUGGCUUUCUAAGACAGCUUUGCCAGCUCAAUGAGCAGUUAGUGAAGGAGGGCAAACUGAAGCCCUAGAACAGAGCACCAUAGUAUUUUUUGAAGUUUCUCAAACCACCAGAGGACAUCUUAGAUGCUUUAAGAUUCCCAAACCCCAUCACCAAGCUAAAUCACAUAAUGUGAGGGAGACAGAAUUCCUGCUCUCAUCCGGUGAAAGUAUCUUUCUUGAACUCUGGGGUUGUCUUUCAAGAUGGCACAAAAUUGUGUCACUGUUCGGAGCUGUUGCAAUAAAGAAGUGUUUUUAGAGGGGUAACUCCAGGGAUAAAAGCCGUCUUCACAUGUAUUUCGGAGCCCCCUGCAGAUUCUGUAGCAUAUGUGGUUUGCACUGACAUUGAGUGUGAUUCAUUUAGGCCUUUUCUUGUCUUGUAUCCCACCAGAGCACCAUUUUCUGAGAGCCCCAACACAUAUCUUCACUCACUCUUAAUUGAAGUACUGUAUUUUCUAAAGCUUCUUUUCAUGCUCACAGGUGCCUAAAGUUGAGGAGCUUCAAGGAAUGGAGAAGCAUAUAUACAAAUGCACAGAAGCACUUGCUUGUAAAAUGAAGUGUAUGCAGUGUUGUGUUUAGUGUGGAUUUAUGCAAUACACACUGUGUGGUAGUAAAGCCAUUCAGAGCCCAAUCUUGAUGCACACUGUGUUUCCAAGAAUAUUUGUACCUCUUGCUGUUGUGACUGACAUGAAAUAAUUUGAUAUUAAAUGCUCUUUUAUUUUUCUUUUGAAGUCGUACUAGAAAAAAAUCUGAGGAGCAAAAGUCGAGGAAAAAACUUGAGGAAGGAAGAAAUAAUGUCUGUAUUUAGGGGUGCUUGUGCCAGAUGUAUGAUAAAGUCCUAAGAAUCAGAAUAUAAUGGCUCCCAAGGCUUAUAUCGAAAUACAGUAUCUCUCUCCCUUCUGUACUCUCACUGUUUAUCAUCAUAAAAUGGAAUGAGCAUAUACACAGAUUACUUCCAGUAGGGCAGCACAGGUGUGCUUACAAAGCAGUUUUCAGAUUGACUCCUUGGAUUGCUUGCAUGGUAUCAUUAAAUAGAAGUUAAAAUUGUUGCGUACCACGUGGAAUAGGAAACAUUUCUAUUAAAAUAAAUGUUGUCUUGACUCUGUUUGACAUACAGAUGAAAUGAGUCAUUGCAGUGUUGGGAGUGGGAGCGUUGUUUACAGUAUACCUGACUUAGUAUGUAAAUAUGUACGUGUGAGUUACAGCACUGUAUUAACACAAAGGAUCCCCCACUGCAAACUCAGAACUGUUGGUUAAACUAACAGAACCUGAGAUGUAUGUAUUCCCUUUUCAUAUGUGCUUUAAUGUAGUUUUAGAUUGAGAACCUUAACACUAUUUUAAACAGAAACACUGUUGUAUUAGUAACACAUGUAAGCCCAAAUCUAGUUUUGCAUAUUCAGUUCACUAAUCAAAAAUCA